AUGUCCCGCAUUGACGACCUUCUUCGCAUGGCAGAUGCCAUACUGAAUCGCUCUGACUCGAUAGCUCUGAGUAUGGAUGAAUCCAACACUCUUAUUCUGAGAAUCAUUCUGUUGAACUCACAGAUAACGGCAGCCGACUCGGAGAUCGACGCCAUGACCGAGCUUUUGAACAAAAACAACGUUUGCAUCAAUGAGUUUGAAAAGCUCCACGAACGGUCCUACUUCUUGGACUCCAACUUGCAUUUGAACGAGAGCUUCACCAAUGAGACUAGCUUCCUCAAUCUCAACAAGGAGUACAACUAUAUGCUUGACACCUUUAGACACCACAAUCAGCGGUUUUUGAGCCACGAGGAACCGGUGCAACAGAACCAUGUUCCCAACAAGGAGCUCAAAAACAUGCUCUCCAUAUCGAACCUCAACUUGAGGCCUCUCAGGUGUCGUAAUCAGAAGGUUGAAAAGAAGAAGUCUCGCUAUAGGCUUUCAGCCGCAUAUACCUUGAAUCCCCUUCUGGAAAACGAGGAAGCUAUCAGAAACAUUUCCAAGCUGUCAGCUGGAACAUACGAUCAUCAGGAUUCCAUCAUGGACAUGCAACACGAUACUACCGGCAUUUCUUCAUCCUCCGAAACCCACGACUACGACUUCUACGGAGGAUCAGCAUCAGAAAGUCCAACCUUUAAAAGAUUGAAUCCCGUGGAUAUGAACAAAUUGGAUCUAGAUAUCGAUAGUUUGUCUCACUGCUCAGGUCUCUCUGGACUGCCAGUUUCUCCUAAGUUUGACUUGGACAAUUUUGAUGACUUUUUGCGGCCUUCUAGAGUCGAUGUCAGCAAGGCCUUCCCUGCUCCCCUCAAGAAAUCCAGUUCCCACGAUCUGAUUUUUUCAGAAAAGGAAAAGACAUUCAAACCUUCCUUCAAGUUUCAUAAUCCGGCUGCCACGAUAAUCAACAAGGGCAAUGUCAGUCAGCCAACAGUGGAAACGAUUUUCACCAGCACUGUUGAAGAUAAACCACAACAGGGUCCUUCUAGAUCCUUCAAAGACCACUCCAAGAACAUUUUGCAUCAACUCAAACCCGACGACUCCCCAAUCAAGAAACAGCAGCCCGUCACUCCUAAGCGAAGCAACAUCAACAUUUUCAAUUUAUUGAAUUCACCCUUAGGGUCACCUAGAGGUUUCAGUAACCAAGCUCCAGCUCACAAUACUGCUAGAAGAGGAAGCAUCGAUCAGUUUGGGAAGUCCUUGACAUCCAGCUUCCUUCAUUUGAUUCACAAUAAUCCAUCACCUUCCAAAACACAAGCCCCAGCUGCUCCAACUGUUAAUCACGAAUCUCCACCUGAAGGCAUCAAGAAACUACGCAAAGGGUUGAGAGAUCCAAUCUCGAUACCAAAUGACAUCAAAUCAAGAAGACUACCUCCUGGUGAGAACAGUUUCAGAAGUGGAAGUCAUUCUUCAUUGACUAUCGGGAACAACAAGGCCAACAUAGUACAAGGUAGAGGUCUCUCCAAAAGACCCAUGAACGGCCCUUCUAAUCAACAGCUGUUUAGACAGGUUCUCAGCGAGAGUCUAUUAUUUUAA